UUUGUCACCUUUCAGAUUCUUCCUUCGCUUUCUCCUAAAUUAAUUUAAAGUUUUAUUCUAAAUUAUUAUAAUAUUAAACAGAGAAUUCUAAAAGACUCCACUUCCGAAUCCCAAUUCACUCCCAAAUUCCUCCUCUCUGCUUUUGAGGAAUUUGGGAACUUAUUAGAGAGAGAGAGAGGAGUGACCCUGUUUGGAAAGCGAGAAUGUUGUGUAGAAUGCUUUCCCGGAAAAGGAAGACCGGAAAGGUUCCGGUCUACCUCAACGUCUACGAUAUCACUCCCAUCAACGGCUACGCCUACUGGCUCGGCCUCGGUGUCUAUCACUCUGGUCUACAAGUUCACGGAGUUGAAUAUGCAUUUGGUGCUCAUGAACAUCCAACAACUGGGAUUUUUGAAGUGGAACCAAAGCAAUGCCCUGGAUUCACAUUUAGAAAGUCAAUCUUGAUGGGAAGAACGGAUAUAAGUCCCAAAGAGGUCCAUGUAUUAAUGGAGAAGCUAGCAGUGGACUACCCGGGGAACGCAUACAAUCUUAUCACCAAGAACUGCAAUCACUUCUGCAAUGAUGCGUGUUUCCGUUUGAUCGGGAAACCUAUCCCUAGAUGGGUCAAUCGACUCGCUCGACUUGGUUUUCUCUGCAAUUGUGUACUUCCGGCGGGUUUAAAUGAGACAAAGAUCAGGUGUAUUAAAUCAGAAGAUCCAGUUAACGAGAAGAAGAAGCUGAGAAGCCAUUCAAGUAGGUUGAAAUCUUCCAAUCGUCGUCCUUCUUUGUCAUCUCAUUCUUCAAAUUCUGCAAACAGAAGUAGUAGACAACGACCUCCUUCACCCUCUACCAUGAAGCUCUAAAGCAUUUGUGUUUUAAAAUUUCACUGGAAAUAGAAUCUAACAAAAAGAAAAUAAAAGACGGGGUGAAAUUGCAGAUUUAAAUUAUUUUCCUCAUCAUGUUAUCUGGUUCUGCUGAGCCUUUUUCAAUUGAAGCAGAAACAGCUACUCGGGAAAUGUUGCAGUGUUUCUGUUUUUGUAAAGUGCUUUUAAUUAUCUAUUGAAUGAACAAUCUAUGCUUUUUCCUCCAA